AGCAAGCGUACAAACCACAGAAGAAACAACUGCAACUGCAAGGCUUAAGGAUACAAGAGCAUCCUUGACGUCGCCAGCGACACCCACAGGUGCGGAGCAACGAAACUCAAGAAAAAUAGCAGCAGCAGAAAAGAAGAAAGAUGUCUACCGCCUUUUUAACGCUUGUCGCCGUAAUCGUGUGCAUUCUAUUCCGCAUCCUAAAUGUCCACAGCCAGCCCUUGAGGCCGAGCGUGUGGUGCCUCGACGAGCAGUUUCUCGAUUGUUUGUACAAAAUUGCGCCGGUGCUGCGCGAACCCUAUGUUCCACCACGUCUAUGGGGAUUCAGUGGUCAUGUUCAGACCGUAUUGCAUAGCAUUGUUGGCCGAGUUCGUUGCCCGUGGCCUCUGGGUGAGCGCGUCUAUCUCUCGCUCCAGGAUGGAUCCACCUUAACUUAUGAUCUGUAUCAGCCACUAAAGGAGCAGGAAGAUGAUAUUACAGUGGCUAUUUGUCCGGGAAUAGCGAAUAGUUCGGAAUCUGUUUAUAUUCGCACCUUUGUGCACCUGGCCCAGUGCAACGGUUAUCGCUGCGCCGUUAUGAAUCACAUUGGCGCCCUGCGCACCGUACAGGUGACCUCGACACGCAUCUUUACCUAUGGCCACACAGACGAUUUCGCUGCCAUGGUAGAGCAUCUGCAUCAGAAGUACCAGCAGAGUCGCAUUGUUGCUGUUGGCUUCAGCCUGGGCGGCAAUUUGGUCACCAAGUACAUGGGUGAAAUGCAAAAGGAAAAGCCCAAUAGUGUGAUUGGCGGCAUUUCCAUUUGCCAGGGCUACAAUGCCGUCGAGGGUACCAAGUGGCUGCUGAACUGGCAAAACUUCCGUCGUUUCUAUUUGUAUAUCAUGACUGAGAAUGUGAAGAGCAUCAUUUUGCGCCAUCGUCAUGUGCUGUUGUCGGAUGAGGUGAAGGCACGUCAUAAUCUCAACGAACGAGAUAUUAUAGCGGCUGCAACAUUGCCGGAACUAGAUGAGGCAUAUACACGACGUGUCUAUAAUUUUGCAUCGACACAGGAAUUGUACAAGUGGAGCUCGUCUCUUUUCUAUUUUGACAACAUUGAGAAACCAAUGAUUUACAUAAAUGCCAAAGAUGAUCCCCUGGUUCCGGUUGACUUGUUGCAUCCAAUUAAGGAGUAUGCUACCACUCGCCCAAAAUCAGCAUACGUGGAGGUAGCUCAUGGUGGUCACCUCGGAUUCUAUGAGGGUGGCUUUUUAUAUCCAAAUCCGGUUACUUGGCUGGAUCGCACGCUGGUUGCCAUGGUUGGCUCUCUGGUCAUGAUGCAUGCGGGUGGAAGCAAAGUGGCACCAUAGACAGUCGAAUUGUGUACACUCCUGUCAAAAUUAUGAAUGCCGCAGAACUAUAAAAUGCUUUUUAAUUUUUGCCAAAAUUUCAUGUUGCUGUCAAACUAAGUCUUAUACGAAAGUAAAACGCAAUGCAUAU